AAUGUGACCGUCAGGAGCCGAACGAGAAGACUCGUGAGUGUCAGGUAGAGAAAAGAGGCGGCGGCAUCAUCAUGACUGAAGUCGGUGGAAGCGCCACUUUUGAACCGGGGGGAGGUGGCGGAGGGAUCGAGCUCUCGACCGAGCCACCCGCGGCAAAGCGCGCGAGGUUCGAGCCCACGGCGGACCUCGCGCCAGAGCCCGUGACGGAGAUAGCAGUGAGGGAGGAGACGGGGUCGGGCGAGGAGGAGGUGCACCACCUGACGGUUCCGCAGACCCAGUUCGAGAUCGAGAUCAACAGCGGGUCGGUGGAGGACGAGGACGGCGUGGUGCGCGAGACGAUCCUUCCGCAGGACCUCAACGGACCCGCCUUCGCCAUUACAACCGCCCCUCAGGACUUCCCAUCUCUGAGUGCCUUUUCUCCUGGUGCCAGUGAUGAGUCUGCAGGGGAGACCGAUGGGAGGACUCUCAAUGCCAUUGGCAGGGCUCUCAUCCAGAUGCAGACAACAGGAGGCGGGGUUACGGCCAGCCAGCCAGGCUCCGCCCACCAGCUAAUUCUCACCAGUCCUCAGGGAGACCUCCCACAGUCAAACUCCAGUCCACUGUACGUGAUGAUCCCUCCAUCCAGCAGUGCUGAGAUCCUGCAAGCCAUGGGCCAGUCUCGCCCCAUUGCUCCCAAAGAAGUCCCCACACUAUCUGAGGGGGAUGCUGUAGUAGUGACCAAAGAAGCCCAGAGAAAAGCCACCCACAAUGAAGUCGAGCGACGCAGGAGGGACCGUAUCAAUGACAUGAUCAAGACACUGGCCCAGAUUGUUCCUGCGUGCCAGAAGAAAGACAGCACCACUGGAAAAUUGUUGUUGGAGUAGGUCUCAAGCUUGGCUCUGCUCCAACCCUCUCCUGCUACUUCAUACUGCCAGGAAAAGAGGAUGAAGCAAGAGCUACUUGUACCUUAGCAUUAGUUUUUGUAUGUAAUACUAUGGGUGGAGCAUGUUUGACUUGCUUCCCUUUCGUUUGUGUGUGAAUCCACUCACCACAGUAUGUGUACAGCAAGGGCACUGUGCUGGAUAAGACUGUAGAGUAUCUGAAGGAUCUCAUUGUCCAGAACAACCAGCUCGCCACCACCGCCAAGCUCGCUGAGAAGUCUGCAAAUGCCCUCUCGGUGCUCCAGAAUCAGAUCACAGUCCUGGAAAAGGAAAAUGCCUUUCUCCGGGCUCAGAUAAUCCAGCUGGGCCUCGACGCAACAGUCUCCAGUCAGACAGCAGCUCUCUCGCGUCAGCUGCUGUCUUCCCCGCUGACCGGUCUAUUUGCCACCCCAUCUCCACCCACGCCCUCCCUCCCCUCCUCGUCAACUCACACCGCAGCCCAGCAGCUCCUCAUCUCCCUCGCCCAGCCCUCUCGGGGAGCCCUCUCCUCGGACACACCCCCACACCUUCCGUCCCCCUCACACCUUCCCCAAGAACUCACAACCUCUCAAGUCUCACUCCCUCCCAGCUGGUCUCCACUCUCGCCUCUGUCCCCUCUCUCUCCACACUCUCUUCCUCGAACUUGUCGACUCUCCCUCAGACCACACCCAUCCCCACCUCCCUCGUCCAGACUCUUGCCUCCAUUGCCAACACCAGCACCACUCCCUCCACACCUCUCCCCAAAGUCACUCCACUCCCAACCCCUCCCCCUGCCCUCUCUAUGCUCUCUUCUCAGACCCAGGGGAUCUCUGCCACAGCAGCGGCCAACCUACUCAAUACUCUGCUUCUGGCACAAAACGUUCUCAGUGCAACUACUUCUUCUGGCCAGCUAGACACUGGAGCAAACGGAGUGGCCAGCUCUGUACUGAACACUGUCACCAUUGAGACUGAGCCCUCAACAUCUUGACUGGUUGAAGCUAGUUUACUGCGCUGUUUCAAGAAAAGUAGAGUUUUAUACUCGUACAUUGUAUUUUAGUGGCCA